CGAAGACCAAUCCUCAACAUCGUCAAUACGUCUCUUGUCUAACCACAAAACGUCGUCGUCUCUCCCAUCUCGUGCUCUCAUCGAAUCUUCCGCCAUUAAAACCACCUCCUUUGGUUUAUUCAGCGGAAUGAAGAUAUAUGUUUACGAUUUACCGGCGAGUUAUAACGUUGAUUGGGUCACGGCAUCAGACCGGUGCGCCACUCAUCUUUUUGCGGCGGAGGUAGCCAUCCACCGUGCGCUUCUCUCCUCCGACGUCCGUACGUUAGACCCAGAAGAAGCUGAUUUCUUCUUCGUCCCUGUCUACGUUUCUUGCAAUUUCUCCACAUCCAACGGCUUCCCUUCUCUAAGCCACGCUCGCUCUCUCCUCAGCUCCGCCGUCGAUUUUCUCUCCGACCAUUACCCGUUUUGGAAUCGGACUCAAGGCUCUGACCAUGUCUUUGUCGCUUCCCAUGACUUUGGUGCGUGCUUUCACGCAAUGGAGGAUAUGGCGAUAGAAGAAGGGAUUCCAGAAUUUAUGAAGAAAUCGAUUAUUCUACAAACGUUUGGAGUUAAAUAUAAGCAUCCAUGUCAAGAAGUGGAACAUGUUGUAAUCCCGCCGUAUAUUCAGCCGGAGAGUGUUCAAAAAGCUAUUGAAAAAGCUCCGGUGAACGGACGGCGAGACAUUUGGGCGUUUUUCCGGGGAAAAAUGGAAGUCAACCCUAAGAAUAUAAGCGGACGCUUUUACAGCAAGGGAGUGAGAACGGCGAUUCUAAAGAAAUACGGAGGGAGAAGGCGGUUUUAUCUUAACCGGCACCGGUUUGCUGGAUACCGAUCAGAAAUCGUGAGAUCAGUGUUUUGUCUCUGUCCUCUAGGGUGGGCACCGUGGAGUCCUAGACUAGUGGAAUCCGCCGUGUUAGGUUGUGUUCCCGUUGUUAUCGCGGAUGGGAUUCAGUUACCGUUCUCGGAGACGGUACGGUGGCCGGAGAUCUCACUUACGGUGGCGGAGAAAGACGUGAGGAGUCUACGAAAGAUUUUGGAACACGUGGCGGCUACUAAUUUGUCUGUGAUUCAACGAAACUUACAUGAACCGGUGUUUAAGCGGGCCCUCUUGUACAAUGUGCCGAUGAAAGAAGGAGACGCCACGUGGCAUAUUCUCGAGUCGUUGUGGAGGAAGCUCGAUGAUCGGUCGUACAGAAGGUCAAGGGUUUUAAGCCAGUGAGAAGUCGACACGUAAGAUUCUGUGUCUGAAUGGAUGCUAGGCUGGAAUUUUUCGGACUGUUUCGGAAUUGGUAAACCGGGAAUGUCUCACGUGGGGUCCACAACGUGAGGGGGAUUAACUCGGGCACGUGAGAUGUUUGCUGAGUUGGCGAUUAUUGAGUGGAUUAACGUGCCCCAGGGAAGUGAAAGUGUAAAGUAUUGCUGAUGUGUAAUUCUUUUGAUGAGUAGGCAUAUAAAUUCUUUUGAAUAUAAAGUUGAUCGAAAU